UUGAGAGUCAUCAGUUCAAAAUGUUGAUCAAACGACUUAAAAUCUACCUCGUAGUGCUUGUCUUGUUUGGCUCUGCGCCCAGGAUAUCGUGCUUCAUCGGAUGCGAGCAACUUGAGACCUCGUUGGAAACCAUGAACUCCUACUUGCAAAAUCUAACUCAAAGCUUGGUAGAAUACCGUCAGAUGUAUCAAUUACAUAUGGAGGAACUUCGGCGGAACAUGAAAUCUCCCGAAAACCAUGAAACUAGGGAACUGAGUACUCAUCCUGGAACGCUUCCUUCGCUUGUUGAAAAAACAACAGAUAACUUAUCAGUCAUCAAUUUUUAUUCCACCACCGAUGGAGUUAUGAUAACAGAGCUGCAACACAUAAAUGAGAAAAGAGAAGAAACCACACAAACGUGCUUCGAUUUUCGGAAUUCCCCAUCCGGGAUAUAUCAACAGAUUCUAAGAAACGAGUUCGAAGCUUUUUGCGAUAACGAUUAUUCAACUGGAGGCUGGACGGUGAUUCAAAACCGUUUCAACGGCUCCGUGGAUUUCAAUCGAGGCUGGAAGGCCUACCAGGAAGGAUUUGGAGAUCUGGAAGGCGAAUUCUGGUUAGGAUUGGAGAAGAUUCAUCAGCUCACUUCAUCCAAGCAGCAUGAGUUGCACGUGGUUUUGGAGGACUUCGAGGGUAAUUCCAAGGUGGCCACAUACGACGACUUCCGCCUGGCCGAUGAGGCAGAAAGGUACAAACUGAAGAGCGUCGGUCGUUACAAUGGCACCGCAGGCGAUGAGCUGACUCAUCUUCUCGGCCAAGUGUUCAACACCUUCGAUGCGGACAACGAUUCAGCAGCUAACUUCAAAUGUACAAAAUGGUGGUACAGUUAUAAUUGCGGCUACAGCAAUCUCAACGGAAAUUAUCUUGGUCAGGGUGCAGAGCUAGAUUGCAAAGGAAUGUACUGGUACUAUUUCCAUAACUCCUGUUAUUCGCUCAAAAGUUCACGAAUGAUGAUCCGGGCGAAAGUUUAACCCAUUUAUAGUGACAACGAGCGCUGAGUUCAAAAGGUCGCCCGAUGAAUUUCAACUUAAUUCCGCCAUUCUAAACUACAUCAGAUAAUGUUAAAUAUCUUCUUUUUUUUAACUUAUGAUUAGAAAAU